CACUGCUGCGCCUGCAGUAUUUCCUGUUGCUAAAGGGAAAGCAAAUGUGGAGUCUUUAGUAGUUACACUUCUACAGUGUCACAGACGUUGCUAACGGUAAUUGUUUUGUUGCGUUUAUUUUUGAGUAAACAUGUCGUUUCCAUCUCCCCAACCCCAUAACCGCAGUCGAAAACCUACCGAGGAUGAUGAGGAUGACCCUGUAGACCAGAUGAUCUCACGGACGGGCUGUGCGUCCUUACAUUAUGCGGUGCAGGAAUGCAUGGCAGAGCACCAGGACUGGAGGAAAUGCCAGCAGCACGUACAAGCUUUCCGGAACUGUAUGUCAGACCACCAGAAGAAACGUGUUGAAGAGUUAAAAACAAAAAUGCAACAGACUAAGACGUAAUAUGCAAUGAUGUGUCUAAAACUGAAGUUUUACAACUUUCUGAAGUUAUUAUAAAAGAUAGAAGUGCCUAAGGAUUUUAUUCGGCGUCCAUGAUCAAAUUGGUGCCUUCAGAGUAGUUUUGUUAUUUGUAUAAAGUCAAUGUGACCUUGAUCAGAGGACGCGGCCGUGUUGUGCAGAUGUUUUGCUACUUAACCCCGAGGUGAAAGGGUUUAGUGUGCCAAUGGAAUUCACAUUCCUUGUUUUAUUCAGUGCUGUACAUAUGGCGUCUUUACCAUGUCAUGUAAUGAGGCCUUAGCAUCGUCUGCAGCAGUAGAUGCAUAUAAUUGUACUACUAAACCGCGAUCUGUGGGUGAUACCACAAUGCUUCAUAAAUGUCAUUGAAAAGGGAAAAUGCUUUUGAUCACUUGAAAAUCUGGUAUAAAGUUAACUUUUGGGGAAAUAGUAUGUUUUUGUAAUGUAUGUAGUUGACACCGCUGAUGGUUACUAAUUCCUUGUUGGAUUGAGAGUUUUCUAGUUGGGGAUGUGCGUGGUUGUUUUACCUUCAGCGGUCAUUUGUGUUUUUGCCAGUAAGGGAAGCACAUUAAAAAAAAAUAACAGCCUUGGUGUAUGUUACUGUUUGCAUUGAUUACACAUUAAAUAGAAAUGCAUGCGUUAACACUUUA